AAUAUUUCUUUCAUUUCACAUAUAUAUCAUUAACAAAGAGAAGACAAAAGACUCACUAUUGUCAAUAAAAAAUCCAAACAAACAGAAGCGUGCGGUAAAUAACAUGAAUUGAUUACUCUUAUAUUCAUUCUACAUAUCUACUUUUACAUGUCCAUUUUUUUAGUUUUAGCAGGUCAAGCAGCAAUGUCAGAUGGUUCGGCUGAACUGGAAGAUUGGCUAUAUGGCAAUAUGUGGGAUUGGUUCUAGUCCGGGUUUGGAGGGUGUUGAGAGAUGAAGUUUAAGUGGUAAUUUUUCAACAAGGCUGAUUAGUAGGCAGUUUAUGGGAAGUCAAAGUCAUGUGUGAUGUUUCAGAUGAGAAGUUUUGGAGUUCAGUGUUCAUCUUCGAGGAAGGUUGUUUCUCGAGUUGAAUCUGAGGUUGUUUCUAUGGAGGAAGAAGAGUCAGGGCAUGUUAUGAGGUUCAAGAUGUCUGAUUUCAAGAUUCUUGAUCGUGUUAGCCUUCGCCUUGUUAGGCGGGUUGAUGAGGUUGUUUUUGAAGCCAUUGUGAAUGAUUCUAACAGCCCUUUGUAUCACCAAAGAGUUUGCUAGAAAACUA